AGACCUCCUCCCUGCAGAUACUGUUGGCCGCCGCCCUGGUCUGGUGCCUGACGACGCCCUGCCGCUCAGGCAUCAUCCUGACGGGGGUAGCACCGGGCUACGAGCCAGAGGAGCCCACUUUCAUGUACACGAACUUCGGCAUCGUGUACGGCACACGCGAGCUGCAGAAGCAGUACCAGUUCAACUCGGCCACUGACGAGAUCAACCACCACCACAUGGGCAUCGUCGGCACACAAGGUCGCAUCAUCGAGAAAGUCACUCCGUACCAGGGAGACGAAGCCAACCGCUCACCCACACACUCCGUCGAGCACAGCCGGAAGAACCUUGUGGUUCCUGCUGGUGUCCUCUGGAUGUUCUGAAGGCGAGCAGCUGCCAUCACUUCCUGCAACCUGAAGAAACCAGAGCCUGGAUAAGGUGUUGAUGUUCCGAGCACAGGAGGCGCUGAAUUUUGGAACUGAGCCCACCUACCGAUACGUUCUAUGAACUUCGAGCCGUUUUUUAGCCAACAAGAUGACACAUGUUUUACAGGUGUCAGACUUCCAAAUCUUUACAGAUGUACAGCCUCCUUGGCUUCCACAUCCUCAAGCACAACAUACUCAGAAUUGGAAAACAUAUUACACUGAACUUUGAUUGAAGUGUCAAGUUUACUAUAUAUAAUAUAGGUACACUUGUUGCUAUAAAAAUAUAAGUUGCAGCCACUCUGAAACUGUGUGGGUUUGUGGCAUUUUCAAGUUUAUCUGAACAGCUUUGAUAUAGCAUAAAACGAUGACAAAUGGUCAUGAGAAGGCAUAUGUGGACAUCGCACAGCGCUCCAUAUGCACAUUAUCGUGUCUGUGUGUCAUAUUGCACUACAUCAAGGCUCUUCAGAUGAUUUAAUAACAAGCCCAUAUUGCAACCCUCAUCAAAUUUAUCCUCAAAAAGGGCUAUGCAUAACAACUAUUUAGUUUGCAACUACUAAUGAUCAUUCUUGUGAACCAUCGGUGUUCUGAUCCGCACGUGUUUUUGUAAGCUACUGUGCGUCAAAGCCCUUGAAGCACGAAAACAUAGGUGACAGCAUCUUCGGGCAGCCUUAAAACCAACAGAGUGCAGUUGGAAAAAAGGCACUACAGAUGUUUCGUUACUCUUGUCUUCAGCAUGUUCUUUUUAAAAAGCAACAUGGAACUCUCAAAAUAUGGAAAUGAUCUAACAAAAAAAAAGUUCACUGCUGCGCCAUGUCUUAUUCCACUUGUUAUCGUUCAGGUUGAUCUUUGUGUGCUAGUUUGUUGCCACUGUCGUGGCGUGUUGCCAAAUUGAAAAAAUAAAAGAUUUCAGAUUCAA